AUGGCCCAUUCAACAGCCUUCCCUAAGCUGCUCAUCUUCGGCUCCCAGAUACUGUCCUUCGAUGCAGAUUCUGCGCGGAGACUCCGAGACCGCCUGGUUGAUGGUCACUCGUUGGCUUGGGCUGCAAGCGUCAUUCGCGAGCUGCCUCGCCUCUGGAAAACCGUGUCCCAGGCUGUGCCGACGCUUCAGUCUCUCCCAGGCGAAGACCUCCUAGGAAACUUGGAUGCCUGGCUUCGCACUGGCUUGUUCCCGGAGGCAGUCUACCCUUUGCCAAACAUCUUGCUGACGCCUCUCGUCGUCCUCUUCCACCUGGCCCAGUAUCAACAAAGCGUCGAGCUCGGCAUUCAUGGGCACAGCAGCGGCGACGAUGAUCUUCCGCAGUCUUGCAGGCGCUCAACCGAGGCACUCGGGCUUUGCACCGGACUGCUGAGUGCUGCGGCGGUAGCCUCGUCGUCGUCGGGCGCAGAAUUGCAGCAUUAUGCUGCGGUCGCGGUUCGUCUUGCCAUGGUCAUUGGCGCCGUGGUAGACGCAAAGAACCGCUCGCAACGCCAAGCUCGAUCAUUCUCCGUCAGCUGGAGCUCGCAGCCCCUCGCCAACCGCAUGAGCGAGAUUCUUGGUCGACACCCCGAUGCUUAUAUCUCUGUCCUCCAAGACCAUGCCCGCGCUACCGUGACCGUCUCGGGAGACCAGCUAGGCCCUCUGCAGGCAGCCCUAGAAGAAGCAGGCUUCAGUGUCACCAGUGUCCCUCUCCUGGGCCGCUUCCAUUGCCCGGACCACCACGAAGAAGUGCAACUCUUGGCAAAGCUGUGCGACACCUGUCCUUGGUUCCAGUUUCCCGACACCAGUCAGCUUGCUUUUCCGCUCAGGUUCGACGCCGAAGGCCAUUUCGUCACGAACGGAAAGUUGCAUCACCUCAUCUUGCACUCCAUGCUCGCCGCCCAGUCCGACUGGGCAAGCGCGUUUGCGAGAGUGCAGGAUGCAGUCUCUAGCAACGAACAACUCCAGGUGCUGUGUUUCGGGCCCGAGAACUGCGUACCCGUGUCUCUCAUCCGGAAACUCGGACAGCGCUUCACACACCUCGCCGACUUGAACGUGGCGCAAUCAAGUCUUUUUGUCAGACUUUCGGGUCUCGACGGGCCACCGGAGUACAGGAGCCGUGUGCUUGACAACGGAGUUGCUGUCAUCGGCAUGGCAUGCCAGCUCCCUGGAGCGGCAGAUCUUGACGAAUUCUGGUCCAUUCUCUGUGCAGGCAGGUCCCAGCACACCGAGGUGCCGCAGGAGCGCUUUCAGUUUGACACGGCCUUUCGCGACAUAGAGCCAUCGAGGAAGUGGUACGGCAACUUCGUCCAGGACCACGACGCCUUUGACCACAAAUUCUUCAAGAAGAGCCCCAGGGAGAUGUCGUCGACUGAUCCCCAGCACCGGCUGAUGCUGCAGGUCGCCUACCAAGCCGUGGAGCAGUCGGGCUACUUCAACCGCCCUCACCGGGACGCAGUGGACAAACAUAUCGGCUGCUACAUCGGCGUGGGCCUUGUCGACUACGAGCGCAACAUUGCCUGCGCGCCGGCGAACGCCUACUCCGCCACUGGCAACCUCAAGAGCUUUGCCGCUGGCAAAAUCAGCCACUACUUUGGGUGGACUGGACCCAGCCUCACUGUCGACACAGCCUGCUCCUCGUCGGCGGUGGCCGUUCACAUGGCCUGUCGGGCUAUUUUGUCUGGCGAAUGCACUGGGGGAGCGCUUGCAGGCGGCGUGAACGUCAUGACCAGCCCAGAAUGGUUUCAGAACCUGGCCGGUGCUUCGUUCCUCAGCCCAACUGGGCAGUGCAAGCCUUUUGAUGCCAAAGGGGACGGGUAUUGCAGGGCUGAGGGAGUGGGCGCUGUGUUCUUGAAGAAACUUUCCUCCGCCAUCGCCGACGGCGACCAGAUCUUUGGGGUCAUCGCGAGCAGCACGGUCUAUCAGAACCAAAAUUGCACUCCAAUUACAGUCCCCAAUGCGCCGUCAUUAGCCGAUCUCUUUAGCAAAGCCGUCACAGACGCUGGUCUCCGCCCCGGCGACAUCACAUAUGUCGAGGCUCAUGGAACCGGCACGCCAGUGGGCGAUCCUGCCGAGUAUGCCGGGAUUCGCAGAGUCCUGGGUGGCCCGUCCCGAUCGGUCACGCUCUCUCUCGGUUCGGUCAAGGGUCUUGUGGGCCAUACCGAGUCGGCAUCGGGCAUCGCAGCCUUGCUUAAAACCUUGGUCAUGAUCAACAAGGGAGCCAUUCCGCCUCAGGCGAGCUUUGAAACGAUUAAUCCGGCGAUCGAAACAGCGCCAGAGGACAGGAUCACCAUCUCCACGGUCUUGGAGCCGUGGAAUGUGGAUUUCAGGGCGGCACUCAUCAACAAUUACGGUGCAUCGGGCUCGAACGCGUGCUUGGUGGUCACCCAGGGACACAAGGUCAACUGGAAACCGAGGGCGCUUUCCGAGGGAGAGACGCAGACUAGAAUGAAGUAUCCAUUCUGGUUCUGUGGGAAUGAUGAAAAGAGCCUCCGGGCAUACUGUGCCCGCUUCCGCCAGUUUCUCGCCUCCCAGCAACUUGGCGCCGCCGGUCGGGCAACUGCGUUGCUCCCCACCCUCUCUUUCCAGCUCUCUCGGCAGUCAAACCGGUCUCUUCCGAGUUCUCUCAUCUUCAACUGCACUUCGGUUGAGGAUUUGCAAGACAAGCUGGCAGCAUUCGAGCAGGGAACUAGCCAAGAAAGCGCUGGUCGACCCGCAGGCAACUUGCAACCUGCCGUGGUGCUUUGCUUCGGAGGCCAGAACUCGACUUGCGUCGGCAUCGAUCGUGCUAUAUACGACCAAGUCAGCGUGUUCCGCAGCCACCUGGAUGCAUGCGACGCAAUGUGCCGCUCGCUAGGCCUGGAGAGUAUCUACCCUGACAUCUUCCAACGAACCCCAGCCAGCGAUGUUGUCAAACUCCAGACAAUGCUCUUCGCCACGCAGUACGCCUGCGCGAGGAGCUGGAUAGACUGCGGGCUAGAGCCAGCGGCCGUGGUGGGCUUCAGCUUCGGCGAGUUGACAGCUCUCUGUGUCGCGGGGGUGUUGAAUCUCGAGACCGCUAUCGGCAUGGUCGCCGGACGGGCCCGUGUUAUCCAAGAGAAGUGGGGGCGCGACCCCGGGGCCAUGAUUGCUAUCGAAGCGGAGCAGUCACAGGUGGAAGAGCUCUUGAGCGACGCGGCGGCGGCUGGCAGCAGCGAAGACAGAGCUACCAUCGCCUGCUUCAACGGCCCCACGAGCUUCACCCUGGCCGGCUCGACCAGGGCCAUCGGCUCUGUGACAGAGACGCUGGAGAGCAAGGCGGCGUUUCGUGGCGUCAGGUGGAAGAGGAUCGAUGUGACCAACGCAUUCCACUGCUCCCUCGUGGAUCCGCUGGUGCCAGACCUGGAGCGCAUAGGGAUGGGCCUUCGCUUUGAAGCGCCGAAGAUCCCAGUCGAGCAUGCCACCGAAACCGAGCUGAGCUUUGACAGAUUAGACUCCAGGUUUGUCGCCAACCACAUGAGACAGCCGGUUUACUUCAGCCACGCAGCCCGCAGACUCGCCAAGAAGUACCAGGCUUGCGUCUGGCUUGAGGCUGGAUCCAAUUCGAGCGUCACAUCCAUCGCCUAUCGGGCCAUCGGCGGCAACGCAUCCUCCAAGAACUCUCACAAAUUCCAAUCCUUCAACAUUACAGCGGACAACUCGCUCGACUUCCUGGCGGAGGCGACGGUCCAGCUCUGGAACUGGGGCGUGGACGUCACGUUCUGGCCACACCACGCAUCGCAGCGAGCGCAGUAUCCGCCCCUCAUGUUGCCACCGUAUCAAUUCGAGAAAUCGAGGCAUUGGAUCGAGUUGAAGCCGCCGCCCAAGGCAAACUCUGAGCUAGCUGUUCCGCCUGCCACCGUUGCUGCGCGGCCGGUGGGGCUUUGGUCCUUUGUCGGGCAAGAUCAGGGCAAGCACCGGAGAUGCGUGCGCUUCCGCGUCCACACCACGAGUGCAGAGUUCGAGGAGCACGUCAGCGGGCACAUCAUCGCGCAGGCCGCGCCGCUCUGUCCCAGCACGCUCCAGCUCCAUAUCGCCAUUGAUGCCCUUAUGAGCGUCCGGGUCGACGCCAGCCUCCAGCCCCGGCUUCGCGGGAUGACCAGUCACACACCGCUGCCCCUCGGCCUGCAGGAUCCGGUCUGGCUCGAUGCUGAGGCACAAGACCCGGACUUACGCAUCUGGACCUGGAAGAUGAGCAGCAGUGUCCACAGCAGUGCUAGUAACGGCCCGCACACGCUAUAUGUCUCUGGCACCAUUGUGUUCCUGGCACCCGACGAUGCCGACUGGAGGGACGAAUUCUCGCGCUUCGAGCGGCUGGUCGGCUGGGAGCGAUGUGAACGGCUGCUCAACGACCUCGACCCCGACGAGGUCAUCAAGGGCCCCAAGAUCUACAACCGUUUUGCCGAGAUCGUGCAGUACGGAGACCUGUACAAAGGCGUUCUCAAGCUUGUUGGAAAAGGUGACGAGUCCGCCGGUAGAGUCGUUGCAAGGAAGACCAGCACCACCACGUCCAACAGCAGCAGCAAGUCCUGGCUUGACACUGGUCUGGCCGACUCCUUUUGCCAGGUCGCGGGCAUCUUUGUCAACACCAUGACGGAUAGAUCGCCCAGCGACAUUUACAUCUCCGACAGGAUCGACCAAUGGGUCCGCUCGCCGGCCGGCGUUGACAACAUGAACCCCACGGAACGCACGGAGUGGGAGGUCCUCGCUCUCCACCAUCGCCAAUCCGAGAAAGAGUACGUCAGCGACGUGUUCAUUUACGAUCAACGCACCAGCAGGUUGGCGGAAGUUAUUCUCGGCAUCCAUUACCGGAGGGUCCCUAAAGCGGCUCUGGCAAAAGCCAUCUCGAAAUGUCUUCCUCCGACCGCGGAACCGAUUCCCCCUGCCAGCACCAACGGCCAGACAAAGCUGCCGAAUGGAUGCACGCCACACGACCGGAGAGAAAAUGAGAGGGAAAAGAAGAAGAAGUCCGAGUCGGGCGUCUCCGUCCGAGUGAGAGACAUCAUUGUGAACCUCUCGGGACUUGAACCAGAGCAGAUCACGAACGAUGCUGACCUGGUGGAACUCGGCAUCGACUCGCUCAUGGGCAUGGAACUGGCCAGAGAGAUCGAAUCCGCGUUCGAGAUUGUGCUAAGCACCGACGAAUUGAUGGCAUUGACCGACUUCCGAAGCCUGGUCACCUGCGUCCAGAAGCACGCUGCGCUCCCGGAUACAGACGAAGAACCAGAGGAAAGCGACAAGAUGGCAGAGGGUCUGGGAAACGGCAGCCAUGAAAGAGUUGAGAUCACCCAGCCGAACGGUGUCAAGCAGGUCAACGGGAGCGCGGUGCCCAAUCACCUCUUCGGCAACACGGUCCUCGAAGUAUUUGCUGAGUGCAAGCAAGCGACGGAUGACUUUAUCCGGGACCACAAGAUGGGGGAUUACGUGGACAAAGUCAUGCCACGAUCGACCGAACUGUGCGUUGCGCACAUUGUCGACGCAUUCGAGGAGCUGGGGUGCAAGAUCCGCAGCGCGAAGCCUGGGCAGAAGCUUGACAGGAUCCAGCAUCUUCCUCGCCACCGGCAGUUUGUCGACUGGAUGUAUGAGCUGCUCGAAAAGGAAGCGCGGCUUGUCGACCUCGACGGGCCCGACAUCAUACGCACAGCCGUUUCGCUCCCUAGCAGGCCCGCAGAGACGCUGUGGCAAGACUUGACAAGGAACUUCCCGGACCAUGUCUACGACCACAACCUCACGUAUCUCGUGGGACGCAAGCUGGCAGAUUGCUUGAUAGGGAGAAUGGACGGUCUGCAGCUCAUCUUCGGCACCCCAGAAGGGCGUGAAAUCGUUUCGGGCAUGUAUGGCAAGUCCCCGAUCAACCUGGUCUGGGUAAAGCAGAUGGAGCACUUUCUCAAGCAGCUCCUCGGUAGAGUGCAUCUGCCACCCGGGGGAGAACCUAUUCGCAUCCUGGAGAUGGGCGCCGGCACGGGCGGCACCACGGCCAAGAUGCUGCCGCUCCUCGCCGGCCUCGGCGUCCCGGUGCGGUACACGGUGACCGACCUCUCGUCGUCUCUCGUGGCCGCCGCGCGAAAGCGUUUCUCCAAGGAGUACCCGUUCGUCGACUUCCGAACAUUCGACAUCGAGAAGCCGCCCACGGGCGAUCUCGUGCAUUCGCAGCACAUUGUCCUAGCCACCAACUGCGUGCACGCUACGCACAGUCUGGUGCAGUCGACCGCCAACAUACACAACGUGCUCCGUCCAGAUGGCUUCCUGAUGAUGCUGGAGAUGACCACGCCUGUGCCGUGGGUCGAUCUGACCUUUGGCCUGAUUGAGGGUUGGUGGCUGUUUGACGACGGGCGGCGCCACGCCCUUGCAUCACCCGACCUGUGGGAAACGACUCUGCGCUCCGUAGGAUAUGGCUACGUCGACUGGACCGAGGGGCGGCUCCCCGAGUCCGAAGUGCAGCGCAUCAUCAUCGCGAUGGCCUCUGGGCCAAGGUAUGACCGCCCCUCAAGGCCCUCUGCUCCAGAAUCUGAUCCUGGCUCUAUGCGCCCCCACACGCAAGAUCUGGCGGCUGACAUUGCCACUCGCCAAGCCAUUGUUGAUGCAUUCGUCGAGCAAUACACACGGGAUUUUCAGUUCCCGCCCGCGCUAGACGAACAAAGCCAGCAUUUGGGCGUCCUCGAGCAGGAGGAAGACAGACGCGCCACCAUCCUUGUAACCGGCGCGACAGGGAGCCUCGGCUCCCACCUCGUGGCGCACCUCGCCACUCUUCCGUCUGUCAAGGAGGUCAUUUGCCUCAACCGACGCAGCACCACCAACAACAAUGACCCGACGGCCCGACAACAUCAGGCAAUGCGCUCGCGUGGCAUCUCGCUCAGCGCGGAAGCGUUGGCGAAGCUCCGCGUGCUCGCGGCCGAUACUUCCAAACCCAAGCUCGGCUUGCCUGACGACGAGCACAAUUUACUCAAGCGCACAGUCACACACAUCGUGCACAAUGCUUGGCCGAUGAGCAUCACACGUGGUAUCCACGCGUUUGCGUCGCAAUUUCAAACCAUGGCGAACUUGAUUGCGCUUGCGGCGGCUGCGGCGGCUGCAGCAGCAGCAUCUUCCUCUCCAGCUCGCCGUCGUCCUCGCGCAAUCACCUUCCAGUUCAUCUCCUCCAUUGCCACCGUCGGAUGUUAUGCGUCCCAACCCAGCGGUCAAGCCUGCCCCACGCGGGUGCCCGAGGAGCGAAUGUCCGUGUCCUCAGUGCUGCCCACGGGCUACGGCGACGCCAAGCUGGUCUGCGAGCGGAUGCUCGACGCAACCCUUCAUAAGUACCCCGACCGGUUUCGCGCUAUGGUGGUGCGCAUCGCACAAAUUGCUGGGUCGGCUGUCAGCGGGUACUGGAACCCUGUCGAGCACUUUGCGUUUGUCGUCAAGUCGGCGCAGACGCUGCGGGCGCUGCCAGGCUUGACAGGAACUCUGUCUUGGUGCCCAGUUACCGACGUAGCGACGGUACUAGGCGAGCUGAUGCUUUCGGGGGAUGACCGUGAGGUCUUUCCGAUCUACCACAUCGAGAAUCCGAGCCGCCAGCCUUGGGAGGAUAUGAUCCGCGUGCUUGCUGAUGCCCUGAAUGUACCGCGAGAAAACAUUGUCUCCUUCGACGAAUGGCUUCGCCGCGUGCGCCGGUUCCCAGGCUCCAUCGAAACGGACAAUCCUGCGGGGAGACUGGUGGAUUUCCUUGAGCAUCACUUUGUUCGUAUGUCCUGCGGGAACCUGGUCCUGGACACAGCUCACUCUACUGCACAUUCUGCCACCCUCCGCCAGCGAGGACCUGUUAGUCCAGACUUGGUGAGGAAAUAUGUGAGGGCGUGGAAGGAGAUGGGAUUUCUUCAUUCGUAA